CGCCUGCGCAUCUCGUGUACCGCGCAUCCCAGCCGCUGAGCAUCCCGCCGCCCGCUACUCCCGCGCCGGCCGUUCGGGUCCUCCCGCCGCCCACCCGCCUCUUCCUCCUCCUCCCCGGCGGCGCCAUGAGGCUCCAGGGCCGCGGGCCGCGCGCCUUCCCCGCGUGCAGCGCAGGGGCGGGCGACACGGGGCGGCUGGCGCCCCCCGGGCGGAACCCGUUUGUGCACGAGCUGCGUCUUGGCGCCGUGCAGAAGCUCCAGGUAGCCUUCAUGACGUUGACACUGUUCCCCAUCCGGCUCCUGUUCGCUGCCUUCAUGAUGUUGCUGGCCUGGCCCCUGGCGCUUGUGGCCUCACUGGGACCUGCUGACAAGGAACCCGAGCGGCCCCCAGCAUUAUGGCGGAGGCUUGUGGACGUUCUGCUCAAGGCCAUCAUGCGUGCCAUGUGGUUCGCCGGUGGCUUCCACCGUGUGGCUGUGAAGGGGCGGCAGGCGCUGCCCAGCGAGGCCUCCAUCCUCACACUGGCUCCACACUCGUCCUAUUUUGACGCCAUCCCUGUCACCAUGACCAUGUCCUCCAUUGUAAUGAAGGCAGAGAGCAGAGACAUCCCAAUCUGGGGAACCCUGAUACGGUACAUCCGGCCAGUGUUCGUGUCCAGGUCCGACCAGGAUUCUCGCAGGAAAACUGUGGAGGAGAUCAAGAGGCGGGCGCAGUCGGGCGGGAAGUGGCCACAGAUAAUGAUUUUCCCAGAAGGAACUUGUACCAAUAGGACCUGCCUAAUUACCUUCAAGCCAGGUGCAUUCAUACCCGGAGUCCCUGUGCAACCUGUGGUGCUUCGAUACCCAAACAAGCUGGACACCAUCACAUGGACGUGGCAGGGCCCUGGAGCGCUGGAGAUCCUGUGGCUCACACUGUGCCAGUGGCACAGUCAGGUGGAGAUCGAGUUCCUUCCUGUGUACAGCCCUUCUGAGGAGGAGCGGAGGAACCCCGCGCUGUACGCCAGCAACGUGCGGCGCGUCAUGGCCGAGGCUCUGGGUGUUUCUGUGACUGACUACACAUUUGAAGACUGCCAGCUUGCGUUGGCUGAGGGACAGCUGCGCCUGCCCGCUGACUCCUGCCUGCUGGAGUUUGCCAGGCUGGUGCGGGGCCUUGGGCUGAGACCAGAAAAACUGGAAAAAGACCUGGAGAAAUACUCGGAAAGUGCAAAGAUGAAGAGGGGAGAGAAGGUCGGCCUCGAGGAGUUCUCGGCGUACCUGCAGGUGCCACUCUCAGACACACUGGAGGACAUGUUCGCACUCUUCGACGAGGGUGGCUGCGGCAAAGUGGACCUGCGGGAGUAUGUGGUGGCCCUGUCUGUUGUGUGCCGGCCAUCCCAGACCCUGGACACCAUCCAGCUGGCGUUCAACAUGUACGGGGCUCCUGAGGACGGGACCAUCCAGGAGGACCACCUUGCCCACAUCCUCAGGGCUGCCUUGGGCGUGGCCGAGCUCUCUGUCACCGACCUGUUCCGGGCCAUUGAUCAAGAGGAGAAGGGGAAAAUCUCAUUUGCUGACUUCCAGAGAUUCACAGAGCUGUACCCCGACUUUGCUGAGGAGUACCUGUACCCCGAACAGCGGUCCUUCCACAGCUGUGCCCAGACACCCCCCACACCAACCCCCAAUGGCUUCUGUACUGACUUCAGUCCCGAGAGCUUGGACUUGCGGGCCAAGCUGCCUUGUAAGAAACUGGACUAGAGCUCAUGGACCCAAGGGCCAGACCCCUCCCGCAGCUGCCCUCCAUGCAGCCAGGCCUGGGUCCCCAGGGACCUCCGUGCUGUGCCUGGGGUCUUCAGGCCACGUUCCAGGAGACCUGGGCCUUGUUCAUGUUUCUCUGUGAAGAGUAUGUUCAGAGUGCGUGGGGAGCCAGCUCCAGGUGGGACUCUGGGUAGGGAGCCGGUGGGUGCCGGGCACAGCCUUGCCCCCUCCUGGAGCGUCCUGGUUCUGAGUUCCUGUCACCAUCUCCUGACAUUCCUCCCUGUCUGGCCCAGGCAUGAGGUCACCUGCGCUCUGAGCCAGUGCAACCUCUGCCACCUCGGGCCAUGGCACAGAGGCACCGCCGUUUGGUUUUUAAACAUUUCUAUAUUUGCGCGACAGCUCACGAGUAUUUUAUAACUCCAUUUAGGUACUUCAGAAGACAUUCAGCAUUUUUUUUUAAAAAAAGAGAAAAUUGUUUUUCUACUUCAUUUUUCCUGCUGAGGUCAGAGAUGUUUAUUUAUUGGCCCUUUCCUGGGAGACUCUCAGUCAGUCUCGGGCUCUGCCAUACAUUCCCAGCCGGUGUCCCCUGCAGGUGAACUCUUCUCCCACCCAGCACGGGCACCCGGCCCCAAAAUGCCUCUGGUCUCCAUCCUUUUGGAAUCCUCUCUUUUUUAUAACUUGACCAGUUUGGUGAUACUGUUUUAGCACAACAAGAUCUACUUCACUGUAGCAUAAGCUCCGGCCUGAGCUGGAGAGUGGAUGGAAGGAGGGGACAGCGAGUGGCCUGAGUCCCCAUGUGUGUCCUGCUUGCUGACCUAGGGCCAGCGGCUCAUUUCACGACUCCAUGGCCUCAUCUCUGGUCCCCUUAAUGUGUGACUCUCUGUGCCCACUCUCUCACUGCAGGCAGGCAGCUGUCACUGUGAGCUCAAGCCAGGAGGAGGCACAACGAGCUGGGUGGUAUCUUAGCCACCUGGCACCCAUCCCCACCUUCAUCGAGUCUUGUGACAGUCACAUGCUGCUCCUUAAAGCACAGCAGUGACCACAGGUGGGGUUUCUUUCCCAGUGAAACUCCUGGUUUGUUGGGAAUUUUGUUUCUCUUCUGAGGUGAAUUGAUUGGUACCAGGCCUUCCCACAGUGGGGGACUUCCAGAGCCAGUCAAGAAUGUGUAUCACCUACUUCUCCAGACACAGCCUGGGAAAACCAGUCCUGGGAAACCAAACCCCUCUGUCACCAGCGCCACACUACCGCCAGUAGGACAGCAUCAUGUCAGCAGCACGUUUGGUUCCUGGCAUGCAGGGCACCUGGGGAAUGGACAGUGGUGAUUUUAGAACUGUAGCACAUGUAAAGAUUUUUUUUUUUUUUUUUUUUUUUUUUUUUUUUUGGAGACAAGGUCUCACUGUGUAGU